CACGGCACCUUUGUCGAUAUGUGUUGUACGACCCGUACAGAUUACGGCUGACCCGCGUGGUUGGGUUGGUCUUCGCAUUUGCAAGGGGGGCAACUAGAAGUGAUGGACGCCUGAGAGACGGAUAAAGUAAGUAACAUGAAGGAAUUCCUGUACCGAGUGUGGCGUAGUCACGCAACGUCAUACUCUAUCAUCACUCAUUGCACAGCAAACUUGUGCAGAGUGCCGAGUUCAGAGAGCAAUGGUUGUGGUGUUUGUAUCCGCCCGCCGGCAUUAUAUACUACAUCCCGUCGACACCUACCCGCCCAAGGUCGAGGACGACAUUGUCCUUUGCAGCAUUUGCGACCCCCAAAUGCACAGCCAUUAUAUCGAUAGAGCGGGCCUCCGUAGGUUGCUGUGUUGCCAACGGUUGACAGGACUCGGCCGCAUUUCUUCACUCGAUGCCGACUGGACUGGACCAUGUGCCCCACUGACGAAUAAAAGACCUUGGCUAUGGAUGUCAGUGUCAACCACAGUCACGGCCCGCCUGAAACAACAAGCACCAACAGUGCUGAAAGGGUCCAAACCCCACCGAAUGGAACCGCGCCGCUUCACUGGUGCUACUCUCUGCGGCUACCACCACCAACCACAACACUAUUGGUGCUGCGCCACGCUUAUCACCACCAUCACUGCCCCUCCCAACUCGGAUAUGAUUCAGAAGCUUACAUAG